CGUUGUGAAAUGCCUCGAUUAAUCACAGUGUUAUUUAUUUCAUAAUACAGUUCAAAUGAUUUGGUAGAGUAGCAACAACAAAUUAAAGCCGCUAAAAUAUUUGCUAACUUUUUUUUCGAAAUAGUAGUUCUAAAAAUAUUCACUGGUUAUGGGUGAAACUUCGAACGGUGUGCGUUAUAUUCGAAGAGCCUCGUUCUAAAUACUUUCAAACAUACAUACAUUUGUAUUUACUAAUAUAUUAUUAUGUAGUCAAAAAUAGAUUUCACGUUUUCAACGGGAAGCGCGCACAUACCCCUGACGAAUAAUGCAAAAUGGUUUGGUCACGUAAUGUCCAUACAGACAUAAGUCGCGUACCCUAAAUUUGCUAUAAAAACUAUACAACAAUUUUGUUAAACAUAUUCAUUCAAUCUUCAAACCUAAACAUCAAACAACAAAAUAACGCAUAAUGCAUAGAUUCAUUUGCACGUUCGCAGCGAUUGUCGCCGUUGCCAAUGGUUACGUAGUAAGCGGUGGUAGCCACGGUUAUGGCUCAAGUGGCGUCCCAUUGCACGCUGGAAAGGCCUAUCAAUUGCUGCCAGCCGUUUCAGUGCAAAAAAUUGCUGCAACUGGAGGUAGCUCGGGCGGUUAUGGUGGCUACUCGAACGGUUAUGGAGCUGCCUCUAGUGGUUAUGGCGGCUCAUCGGGCAGUUAUGGCGCCUCGAGCGCAGCUGUUGAUAUCAAAAGUUUGCUGGCUGCCGUUCGUGGUGAUCUUAGUGCACAAAAAGCUGCUCAACUCAUUCUCUCCUUGCCAUCCGCCGGCGGUCCACUUGUUGAUAUCUCAGGUCUUUCUGCUGGCAGUGGUCAAGGGUCUUAUGCAACUGGCGGCAAUUUAGCUUAUGUUAUUGCUCCUAGCGGCAGCUCAUACUCUGCGCCAGCUCAUUCUGCGGCUGAAUACUCUGCUCCAGCUCCAGCACCGGUUGCAUACUCUGCUCCAGCUCCAGCUCCGGUUGCAUACUCUGCUCCAGCUCCAGCUCCGGCCGCCUAUGCAGCACCUGCUCCUGCUACAGUCGAGUAUGCAGCUCCAGUAUAUGCACCUGCACCAGCCACCUACCAAGCUCCAGCACCUGCUCCAGCUGCCUACCAAGCUCCAGCACCAGCUCCAGCUGCCUACAAAGCUGCUGCUCCUGCUUCAGCUGGAUAUAGCGCAUCAGCACCCGCCGCAGCCCGUUAUCCAUCAGCUGCCGCUGCCGUUAGCUACAUCUCAGGCAGUAGCAAGGCUGCCUCCGCACCCGCUGCAUGUGCUUUCUUGUCUGUGCUGGCACUCGCGCAUGCUCUUCCUUAUGGCAGUGGCGGUUACGGUGCACCAGCUGCUUCAUAUUAUCAUCGCAGCGGCGAUGUAAUUGUGUCACAUGAACCCACCGUCUUGUAUAACAUUCCUGCACCAUCGGCUUGGAAUAUAUCGCCAGCUAGUGCAGCGGGUCCAGUGCUAUCCCCCGUCAAUGCUAAAUCUAUCUCAGGAUCUGGCACGAAAUCAUCGUUGAUUGGCAUCUCAUCGCGUCCAAGUGCCAUCGCUGCUGCGGCUUCUGCUAAUGUGCCAUUACAUGCUGGUUCCUACAAGCUAUUGAUUGUGCCCUCCUAUAAAGUGCCCAAUAUUGUGGGACCCGAACACGAUGUGCCGGCUGCGCACCAUGCUGGUGACAGCUACCAUAAGGGUUAUGGCAGUCAGGGCUAUAGCUCUCAUGCGUUAUUAGUACCAAUUGUGGAAGAAGCCAAAGAAGUUUCAGCAAACGCGAACCAUCCACACACAAUGCACAGCAAUAUGAAACAGUUCAUGUGUCUUUCUUUGGCGCUUUUCGCCUCCGUUGCUGUGGCACAUCCUUAUGAAAAAUCGGGGUCAUACUAUGGUGCUGCUCCAGCACCCAGUGCUGAUUAUAGUGGUGGCGCCAGCGCCGGCGCUCAUACGGUGCAGCAGGUUAGUUUGGCUGGUCUCGCCAAAUUGGUGAAUAUCGAUGCGAUUGAGAAAUAUUUGAAUGCGCCAGCUCCAGCUGCCCAUGGCCACGAUUCUGCUUCGUAUUCCCACGCUAAAUAUGUUGUAUCCGCCUCAGCACCAACUGCCGGUCACGUGAUUUCUUCGAGCUACAGUGCUGCGCCAGCUCCGGCUCCAUCCUCAGAUGGUUAUGGUGCCGCAGCUAGUCCUGCUCUUUAUGUGAAUGAAGCACCAUCUAUCAGUUAUUCUGCUCCCGCUCCAGCUUCCAGUUAUUCCGCACCCGCUCCAGUCGCUAGUUAUUCUGCUCCAGCAGCAAGCUAUGCAGCCCCUGCUAAAGUCGCUACUUAUGCCGCUCAUGCACCAGUAGCAAGCUAUGCCCACUACGCUCCAGCAUCAUCUGGUUAUGGUGCUUCAUCUUAUGGAUAUGGUGGUAGUGCUGCUGCCGCUCCCCGUUAUACCGUCCUCCCAGCUACUGUUACCCAGCUCAACCCUGGCAAGACCAGCUACAAAACCUACCAAACUCCCGUUAAAUACAGCACCGUAACCCUUCCAGUUGCUGCCUCUGGUCCCGUCGCCAAUUUGUAUGUGCCUGAGAAGGCUGGUUCAUAUGGUUAUGGUAGCUCUAUCAGCUCAUAUGGUGGUUCAAGCUAUUAAUGUUAACUCAGCGGUAAAUUUAUUUAGUAGCACUAAUUUGUGUGCCUGCGGCCAGUUAAAAAAUUCUAAAUUAAAAAUUUUUGUUAGAAAA